AUGGACGAUCGAUUUUUAUCUGGGGGAGCUCUCUCCGAGAUGGACGCGGAUUAUACAGACUAUGCCACCGAGGCUCCGUUACCGUCACCUGCUGGUACUCCCUACAGGACACCGCUUCUAUCAAGGCAUCCUAGCCGUCAUGCGACUCCAUCCCCAUCCCCAUCACCCUCUCCGUACCCUCUCUCUAGCAGUCCUCCCACGACAAAUGGUCGAGCGUCUCCGCUUCGCCGUAUGAGCAUGUCUCAUCAUCACGACACCUUUGACGACACAAUAUCAAUUCUCGACCCCCGCCGGUUCACGCCCACCCUUCACGCCAACCUUGUUGCUGAGAUUUUGUCGUUACGGAGAGACUUGGAAUCUAAAGCGAACCUCAUCGAUACAUUGGAACAUGAUUUAUCGGCUGCGAGGUCAGAGCACGAAACUGCUACUACAUCUGCUGCCAUGGCGCAGCGGGAAGCAAGGGAUGUGAAACGUCAAUUGGCUAGAGUCGAGAACGAUGACGCUGUUGGGGCUGUAGCUAGAGAGAGAGAUGAAGCAAUUGAAGCCAAUGCUGAGCUUAAACGACAAAUGGAACGGCAGGCCAAGAAGGCGCGGAGCUUGGAGGAAGAACUUGAAAGGGUCGAGACAAUCGCAAGGAGGGAUAUUGAGAGGUUGGAGGAUAUAAAUAGAGUUCAAGAGCGGCGAGUUCAUGUCGCCGAAGGCCGGUUAAAAACAAUUUUGGGCGAGAUAUCAGCUGCGAACGCUAUGCCACCACCACCUCCGUUACCUAUGCCUCAGUCUGAAUCUGAGAAUGAGGAUCCUGCCCCCUCGGAGGUCGCCAUGAGCGAUACAGCAAGUAUCAGAACUAGCAUUCAAGAAAGGCCAAGCAGUCUGGUGAUGGGUGACGACGUUGCUGAGCGCCUGGGGAUCAGAUUUUCUAUAUUGACUGGUAGUCAGGGGUUGAGCUUGGCGGACGAGCUUGAUCUGGAUGAUGGCGAGGAGGGAGACGAGGAAUACGAAGGUCAUGAGGAAGAGGAUGAUGACGAUGACAAUAGGACAGAGACCGAAGCUGAGGCUGCCGGUAAUAAUGACUCUGGUUGCAGUAGUGGCUCGGAAACCGGAGAUGAGGGGGAUAUUCAACCCAUGCGAGAGUAUUGCGAAGCGGGUGUCCAGGUGGAAGAGGAAGAAGAGUCAGGUGAAGAAAUGGAGCGACCGGAGAUUGUCCUUCUCGAAGAGGCCCGUACCGAACUUGGGCGAACCCAUUCUGAGCUCGACCGAAAAUCUUCUGAGUUGGAGAAAACCUGUAUAGAACUCGACAAAGCUCAGGAGAGGAUUGGGGAGCUUGAGGAGCAGGUUGAUGGGCUUGCUGAGAAGGUUGCUGAGAAGAAGCGUGCUUUGGCUGAUAAGGAGAUUGAUCACGGGCACAAGAUCAAGGUGUUUGAAGCUCGAACCCGUGAAGUCGAAGAGCGUUGGGCGUCCAUUGAGUCGAAGGAGAGGGCACUCGAAAAGAUGGAGAAGUCUCUUGAUGAGAGAACAAAGAAUCUCGAUAAGAAGGAGAGAAUGCUUGACAACAAGGAAGCCAUUGUCACACCCAUUCCUGAUUCGCCUGUGGAGAAAGAGCUCCCAAUCCUCCCUCUUGACGACGAUAAUGUUCCUGCGGAGAACGAUGCUCACUCGCCUACUCUGUCACCUCCAGUGAUGUAUGAGACUAUUGGAACUCAGACAGAUCCGAUGAAGCCACCGGCUCUACAGAUCAUUCCAACGAUUGCAGUUACCCCUCCACCACCAACACCGCCUCUCCCUGGGCGGCCGAAGGUUCCGAUGAGAAAUGCUGCUGUUCAGACACGUAAUCUCAGGCAAAAGACUCGGGGAAUGCAGACAGACGAGCCCGCCUUUGAAGAUCGUAUCAUGAAGCUGCCCGCAAGGUUAAUGCCUGCGGCAAUCCUGGCCAAUAACAACUCUGCUCUUUCUGUGGCUUCUCCGACACAGCCUGAACAACCACCACCGAGCCCUCCCAAGAAGAGUUCCAAGAGAAACAUUAAGAGGAUACCUACCAUGGCUCCUGCAUUAGCUCCCGUACCUACCUCUGCACCUAGAUCCGUUCCAGAUAGUCCUGGUCCCCCCGGAACUGCUCUUAUAUAUAGUUCCCCCAAGGCGCCUUCUGAGUUUGGAGAAACCUCGGAGAAGGACAAGGAUAGUGUUCGAAGACACUUAUUUAAUGGGAUUGAUCUGUCACAUGAUCUUCCACAGUCUUCCGGUGAUGAUGACUUCCACGACGAUGCAGAUCUCAGCGGUAAUGAGUUCAAGACUGCGCUCUCUGCACCAAAGCCCAAGAAGAGGGGGGAUCGGAUCAGCGGUCUUGGUAGGCCCUCCCCCGUUAUUGAGGGCACAGACGGUAUUAUCUACGAAGCGUAUAAGAAGCCCACAAAUAUCCGUCGUAGCGCUAUGGUAUCUAGUGGUGUGCAUGCACACCACCGCACUAGGAGCCCAAGUCUGACUAGCAACCGGACGAGUGAGAGUGGCGGUCCUAAGAUUGGACCGCCUUUCCCUGUGCCCAUUAGACAUAGCUCUAGAAAGGUGGGAGGUUAUGUCAGUUCUAGGACCGAAAGCCCAACACCCAUGUCUGCCAGUUUGCCUAGGCGAGCUCUUCCCCCCGGACGACCUACAAGGCAACAGUCAAUACGUAAGGUUCGUUCUGCAGCUGCUCUCCCAAGUCUUCGGACCUCCAAUUCUAGGACCAGGUCACCUCCUCCCCUCAGUGCUUCCUCAGCAGCUCCUGACAGUCCCCUCCUCCCCCCCCCUUUACCUAGGGAUGAAGUACUUGCCCCUGCAUUUGAUAAGCAAAAGAUUGGAUCUUCCAAGCAUAAACACCAGGCUAGCACGAAUACCUCCAAUACGGGCAACGCUUCAAUUGGAAGCUCGAUUCAACAGAUUAGUGUAGUAGAUGCGAUUGCGCAAACCAUGGUUGGCGAGUGGAUGUGGAAGUAUGUACGCCGGAGAAGGUCCUUUGGAGUUCCGGAUUCCCCUCAGGCCUGGGAUGGCAGAGACGAGAGCACCACUGGUGGCGGUCAACGACAUAAACGAUGGGUCUGGCUCGCACCUUAUGAGAGAGCUGUUAUGUGGUCCAGUCGGCAACCCACCAGCGGAAACGCCUUGCUCGGGAAGAGUGGCAGAAAACUCCCCAUCCAAUCUGUCUUGGAUGUGAAGGAUGAUACACCAUUACCCAAGGGAGCCAAUCCAGCGCAGCCGCUAUUCAAUCGAAGCAUUCUCAUCUUGACACCCGCAAGGGCUCUCAAAUUCACCGCUCCGAACAAGGAGAGGCAUUACGUUUGGUUGACGGCUCUGAGCUUUUUGUCCCAUUCUGCCCAUGAGAGUGAAGGCUUACUUGCCCUCCCACCUCCUAUGCCGUUUGAGUAUGAUCAAAUGCAGCAGCAGCGGCCGCAGUCGCCGCCGUUGACUCGACCGCCCAUUCCACCCGUUCCCGUGAACCGCGACCCACCAUUCAAUCCUAUUCGAGACUCGAUACGCGUAGCUAAGGGCAAAGGCCGUUCGAGAACCAGUCGUUCGGAAGUAAACGGGUACGCGGGAAGCAACAGUCUCGGGAGGAACUCGCGUCGGGAUGUCGACCGCCACGGUCUCAUGACAACUGACAGCAUAGCUGAACCACCCAGCAUCCCCCGAUUCCCUGGUCACAGUCGCAAACGCAGUAAUACGGCCCGACCAAGUACAAACCGCUCGAUAAGCCAUGGAUAUAACCCGAGUCUGCACUCUUCCUUUGGGGGCUCAUCAAAUGGAGAUUACUAUCCGCCUGGAUCAAUGGGUGUCGGCGGAAUCGGGCUCAUAAGCGGGAAUAGCUCUUUAAGCCAUGGAAUCCCAGGACCGAGCCUCGGAGGAUGGGAAUCUGGAUCAAUAGGCACUGUCCGAAUGGAAGCAUUUAUUGACCCGAAACCGAAAUUCGAGUUUGACGAAGAGGACGAGUACCUGGGCAAUAAGCCAAGCUCUUAUCGCCUUAGGAGGGACAGGAGAAGUAGCAGGCAGGAGAGCUACUGGACCCGGGGCGGAGAUUUUUAUGCUGGUGGAAGCGAAGCUGGCAAGGGGAGUGUUAUUGGCGGGAGCAUUGACGACGACUUCUUCCGCGGUGAUGAUCCCUUUCGUGAAUUCUGA